UAAAGAUAAGUUUAAUGUAGGGAAAUGUUCCAUUAGCUUUUAUUUUUGGUAAGAAAGUUUUUUUCGAUGGUUUCAGCUUAUGAUCGAUCCGCGUAUCUUGUUUUUAAUUUAUUUUUUGAAUAGGAACAACGAUUAUAUGUAGAGCUGUUCAAAUUCAAUUCUAAACUUCCUAAUCUUCCGACUGUCGUCUUACCUUAGGUGUCUUGCUAUUUCACUACGACAAACAUCCAUCUGUAGCAUAUUGACUUACAAUCUUCUAUAUCGGCAAUGGAUAAAGGAAAAGGACGAGCUAUGGAUAUAGAUAAUCCUAUACAGGACGAAUCAACUCUUCCAUGGGUGGAAAAAUAUCGUCCUUCAGGAUUAGAAGAUGUAGUUGCACAUAAAGAUAUUAUUUCUACACUGGAUCGAUUCAUCAGUACAAACAAAGUUCCCCAUAUGUUAUUUUACGGUCCUCCAGGAACAGGAAAGACAUCUACUAUCCUUGCCUGUGCUCGAAAGGUAUAUGGCCCUCAGUUUCGUAAUCAAGUUAUGGAACUGAAUGCAAGUGACGACCGUGGUAUAGAUGCCGUCAGAGAGCAAAUUAAAAACUUUGCUAGCACGCGUCAAAUUUUCUCAUCCUCAUUUAAAAUGAUUAUUUUGGAUGAAGCGGAUGCUAUGACUCUUGCUGCACAAAAUGCACUUCGAAGAGUCAUUGAGAAGUACACGAAAAACGUUCGUUUUUGUAUUAUUUGCAAUUAUAUUAACAAAAUUGCACCUGCUAUUCAGUCACGGUGUACUCGUUUCCGUUUUCAACCACUUCCUUCUUUGGAAGUUGAAAAAUAUGUUGACCACGUUAUUGAUAAUGAGCAUUGUAACAUAGAUUCAGAAGCCAAAGAUGCCGUCCUGAAGUUAUCAAGGGGUGAUAUGCGUAAAGCUCUUAAUAUUCUACAAGCCUGCCAUGCAGCUUACGAACACAUCGAUGAGUCUUCCGUUUACAAUUGCGUUGGCCAGCCUCAUCCUUCAGACAUAGAUUAUUUCAUCAAAUCGGUAAUGAAUGAAGAAUUCGUUACUGCCUAUAAUGCAAUUCUUUCCAUUAAGCAACAAAAAGGCUUGGCUUUGCAAGAUAUAACUACGUGCAUCUUUGAAGCAUUGGAUGAACUUCAAUUACCAGCUAAUACACGUAUUUUCAUUUUGGACCAGUUGGCAGCUAUUGAACACCGUAUGUCAUUUGGUUGCUCGGAAAAAAUUCAACUUAGUGCAAUGAUUGCAAGUAUAAAAAGUGGUGUUGAUCUAGCCGCUAGAAAUUAAUGAAAUAUUUUCCAAAAAAAAAUAAAUAAAAUAUAAGAAGACUAAGAUUCAUG